AUGCAGGAUGAGCCUGCGGGGCUGACAAUCACACAACGGCCCCCGUCACCCGAGGAGAAGGACCGCCGCACGGUCAGCAGAUCCGGGAACCAGCCGAACCGGACCGACAGCCAGCCGAGCUGCUUCACGCCGGAGUACAGCCACCUGAACCAGGAGAGAGCCUUCCCCGAUUUCGAUCGAGGUCGUUUCUGCUCGCCCCGGUCCAUCCGUGACCUUCAGCACCGCCGCAAAAUACAUCAGCUCUUAAGUCAGCAAGACGAGUUUAGCCCCGCAGUGUCGCCCCCACCCCCGGGUCUGUUCGGUCACCUGCCGCAGAGGCAGCUCUUCUCCGCUAAGAACGACCCCGGCGCCGCCGACCCCCGCGGCUCGCUCCUGGAAGAGGCUGAAGCCGAUGCUGCGUCGCCAUCGCCCACUUCCGUAAAUCCACACACGAUCCAAAUGGACUCCCCCAUCGCCCACCAUAUAAAUAACGGCAAUGGCAGCACCGGCAGCAUGUUGUCUGGAGGUCUCGGGGCCGCGUUCCCGAACCUCCCCAGCCAGGAGAUGCAGAGCGCCAACGGCGGCUCGUCGUCACCUUCCCUCCCCGGGUUCGGCCCCCCGUGGUCCGUCCAGACCAGCUCCUCGCCCCCGCCCGCACCCAACUCCAUCAACCCCAUCCACUCCAACGCCAUUAACCAGAUGCCCAACGCGGACUCUGACAACAGCUUCUACCCAGGUAUCCCCUCCUCCAUCAACCCGGCCUUCUUCCAGAGUUAUUCGCCGGUGUCAGCUAAUCCCUGCGCCGGGAUUAAUGUGCAGGGCUACAGCGGUCCGUUCUCGCCCCAGAUCAACGUCCAUCAACAGCAGAGCCGCAGGUCCCCGGUCAGCCCCCAGAUGCAUCCCCAGCAGGGCGCCUUCCUGCAGCAGAGGAACAACUACAACCAACAUCAGCAGCCCAUGGUGAAGCAGUCACCCUGGGGCAGCCACCAGGGGAAUGGCUGGGGCUCCGGGGGGAUGUCCUGGGGCCGGGACCACCGCCGAAGCAGUGGCAUGGGCGUACCUGGCUCGGUCAGUCACGUGUCACCCCUGAAGAAGCCCUUCUCAAGCAACGUCAUCGCUCCCCCGAAGUUCCCACGCACUGGGGGAUCACUGGGGCCUAAGUCCUGGAUAGAGGAGAACUUGUUCCGCACAGACGGCAACAGCAACACCUUGUUGCCAAUGCAGGACCGCACCAGAAUGUACGACAGUCUGAACAUGCACUCCCUGGAGAGCUCCCUGAUCGACAUCAUGCGAGCUGAACAGGAUCCAAUGAAAGGCCGUGUGGGAUGUCCUCACCCUGGGGCUGAUGGCCUCCUCAUGCUGAAUGCCAGGAGCUAUGGGAGACGUCGAGGCCGCUCCUCCCUCUUCCCCAUUGAUGACAAUCUCCUCGAUGAUGGCCACGGCAACCAGGGUGUCCCAGGAGUCCUCGGCUCCCCCGGCGGUUACCCCCACCAGAACGGGGAACGCAUUGAGCGCUUCUCCCGCAAGGUGUUUGUUGGAGGUUUGCCCCCUGACAUAGAUGAAGAUGAAAUAACCUCAAGUUUCCGCCGCUUUGGUCACCUGGUGGUGGACUGGCCGCACAAAGCUGAGAGCAAAUCUUACUUUCCACCUAAAGGAUACGCAUUCCUGCUGUUCCAGGAGGAGAGCUCAGUGCAGGCUCUGAUUGAAGCCUGCAUGGAGGAGGAUGGGAAGCUCUACCUGUGCGUCUCCAGUCCCACUAUAAAGGACAAACCAGUGCAAAUUCGACCUUGGAACCUGAGCGACAGUGACUUUGUGAUGGACGGAUCUCAGCCCCUGGAUCCCCGCAAGACCAUCUUUGUGGGAGGUGUCCCUCGUCCCCUGAGAGCAAUUGAGCUGGCCAUGAUCAUGGAUCGUCUCUAUGGUGGAGUCUGUUACGCGGGAAUUGACACUGAUCCUGAACUCAAAUACCCCAAGGGGGCCGGACGAGUGGCCUUCUCCAAUCAGCAGAGUUACAUCGCGGCCAUCAGCGCAAGAUUCGUCCAACUGCAGCAUGGGGACAUCGAUAAGCGGGUGGAGGUGAAGCCCUACGUGCUGGACGACCAGCUCUGUGACGAGUGUCAGGGUGCACGCUGUGGGGGGAAGUUCGCUCCCUUCUUCUGUGCGAACGUCACCUGUCUGCAGUACUACUGUGAGUUCUGCUGGGCCAACAUUCACUCCCGCGCCGGACGGGAGUUUCACAAGCCCCUGGUCAAAGAAGGAGCCGACCGCCCCCGCCAGAUUCACUUCCGCUGGAACUAGAGCUGCAAGUGGUGACACGGUCAGAGGGAAGGGAAGUGAAACACUGGCUAACAGGAAAAAAAAGAGCAGCGCUCUGCCUCUCAUGCUCUCCUAAGCUUUCAGUAUAAUUGAGUACUUAACACUACAGUAUAUACCUUAUAUAUCUAUAUAUCUUUUGUAGCAGCCAAACACCACAAGCCUCAGUUUUCACCAAAACCCCCCUCAUAUCUCAGGCUCUGACAACUCUACAACUCUUUUGUGGUACUUUCAUCUUUUCUAAGAGGAGAUUUAAAAAGAGAUUGAUUUUUGUAGGUUUUUUUAUCAUUAUUAUUUUUGUAUGUGAGAUUUAAAGUAGAAACGGGAAUGUUUUUGCAUGGGGCAGCUUGUCUGUCUGUUUGUCUGCUGCUAGCCCCCCCCACAGUGCGCUUGGUGCACACUUGUUUCUGGGAAAAACCUCAGUUCUCUAAUGUUGACGCCUGCCCCAGGUCAUUAACCAAAGGUAGCAAAAUUAUAGAAAGCUUAAAAUUUACACAUUUCUGCCGCAAAGCAAAUGGUUGUUUUUUAACUUUGCCGUGGGCUCUUUCUUCUUGUUAAAGAGUUUAUCAAAAAAAAUUUUUUUAAUUUAUACACUCUCACAGACCCAUAGAGUGAUACCUCAAAAUAUAAAAUCUGGUUUCUUCUGACUGUAUUCAACAUUUAUACUUAACAAGCUAUUUCAGAAAAGCUUUGCUGCUAUAUAUACGUAUAGGUGUGUAGGAAUAAUAUUUAAUGCCAUUUAUAAAUCUGAAUCAUGUUAAAGGAAAUGCAGUAUGCACUCAAACACUAAGAGUUCAAGUGCAUGUUAUGCCACUAGGCUUAGCUACACAACUAGCAUGCAGGAUAGAGGUGAGAGAAAGAAAAUCACGGAGGAAAAAAAACUAAUAAUUAAAGAAAUUAUUAAGACAGUAGCAUGACCAUCUAUUACAGAAGCCUAAGAGGGGAAAAAAUCAGACAAAGCUUAAUAACAAAAAAAACAUAUUUAAACUUGCAUGCAUUGGUGUUUAUCUGUUGUUUGAUCCGUUUACAUACUUAUCGAUAAUAAAGUGAUAUUGGCUCUACUCUAGACGUAGUGGACGCAAUCAUCUUGUGACAUGGUGUCUUGUGUGGCGAAAAAAAAAAACCUAUGGAGAACAGAGUUGUGUUCAGUGGUUUGUGUAUGUGUGUCGUCCCUGUGCCGUGUGACUGUUGUUAGUGUAGACUGAGGCUACGGUUUAGUUUCCUGCAGAAGUAGUGUAGGAGAAGUACGACAGCGACUUGACUCUGCCUUCACCCUUCCCCGUCCUGUGUCUCCGUGCGGUUCCAAAGGUUUUAUCUGACGCAGCGUCGCACGGGCAGACCAAAUGUAGACCAUUUGGGAGAUUGAACUGGGAGAAGUGGGCCUGGGAUGAAGGUCGGGUUAAAAAUAAUCUUUUGAACUUGUUCGCUUCACUAAACUGCGCGACACAGUCGGGCUAUGUGGCUGCAGCUCCAUGAAUCUCCCAGGCCCAGUCGAAGUAUCCCCACCACUCCCCCAGCAAGAUUUUAUUAUGAGGAUGACGACUUGGUCUCUUGGCGUGCUAGAUAUGAAACUCUCCUCUCUUUGUAUCGUCCGUCUGUUCGAUUUCCCACCCUGACCCUUGAAGUACUCUUAAACAAACUAUUUAUGGACAAUCUUUCUGUAAGGAUGGUGGCCCAGCCGUCAGUUAGGUACUGUACAAGUGUGUUGCUCUCAUGUGGACGUGGUUUUUGUGUUUCAUGCCCUCGUGUGUUUACCUCGGUAUCAAGUGUGUACUGUUACAAAACCUAUGAAAUUAUUACUUGUAGUUGAGUCAUACAAUUGAAUUUGUUCUCAUCAACUACUUACCCAUCACUGGCCCUUCAGUAUGUUUUUUACAAUAUAUAUUAUGCACUACUUUUCUAUAUACCCCCCUCAUUUUUCUCCUUAUUCACCCCCUGAAGUGAUUUCAGUGCAGAUGUGGAUUUUCUGAGGCCUCCACCUAUUUAUAAUUCUAAAGAUGAUUUAUUAAAUUUUUAUUUUUUCAUGAUUACUUAUUUAAGAUGUAGCGUGAAGCAGUGGUCUUAAUUUAUCUGUGUUCUGUAUGAGUAGAGAAAGAAUCCAAUAUUUUCUAAUAUAUUAACUAAUGUAGUCUUGGAUGUUGUGAGGAGAGGGAGUCAGAAAGACUUUGCCGGCCAUGACGUAAAUCACAUGAACGUAAGAGAUUCCCCCCCCGUGGCUUUAGUUCUCAUGGUGUCCGACACGAACAUGAAUAUCGUCACCUGUAACACUUGACUUGUGCUGUUCUCGUGAGGUUCUAUUUUCUAUGUUGAACACUGUUACUUUGUCCUUUAUGUGUCUUUGUUUUUGUAAAAAUCAUAUUUAUUUCACUAUUUUUGUAGACAAAAAAAAUAUUUGAUUUUGAUUGUAUUUUUCUAUUUAAAUAGGACAUUAUACAAUUUAUUUCCCCCCCCCCCCCAAGUGAUAAUUAUAUCCAAAAGUUCUGUUAGAAGACAAGAAUCGGAUUCUUAUUUUGAUACACAUGACACGUUUCAUUUGACGGAGGGAAACAUGAAGGUUUUAUCAUAUUCUUGGAAGACACUUGAGAUUCUCCCCUGUUGCAUCGAGGCCCCAGCUGCCUGUCCUCGUAGAUGCUCUGAAACUUGAAUAUAACACAUUUUGAAAGGCUGACUAACCUCGAAUCUGUGUUGUGAUGUGCAAUACUGUUUCUAAUGUUUGUAUAAAAGUAAGAACUACAGUGUAAACCUUUUUAAUGCAGAUUUAUUUUUUUCAUUGCAUAUUUUGCAGAUUUCUGAUCCACAGUGUCAUUUUUUACUGUCAGAAAAGAUAAACCCCGUUUUUUCAUUGCAACUAUUUUUAAAUCCAGAUAUCUUUGUACUGAUGUAAAUGAUUGUAGUUAUUUUGGAUAGUGUUUUGCUAACAAAAGGAGAGACUUUUUCAUGCAUAUUUCUAUUUCAUUUCAUCUUGUUUUAUCCCACGUUUUUAUUUCGUUUAAUAAUAGCAGACUUUCUUGGAAUACUUUUUCAUAUUUAAAUGUCAUUGGUCUUAUUUUGUAUUUUUAUGUCGAAAUACACUAUAUAUAAUUUUAAGAUGCUAAUUGCUAAGAUAUUAUUUUGAGUUUAAUUAUUUUUAAAAGCUAAAUAUUUGUAAUUUUAUUGUUAAAGUGACUAAUUUCUAAGUCAGAGUUUGUGUUGAGAUUCACAAAAGUGGUUUAUGAGGUGUUUGGAUUGUAAUUAUUACUGAAUGGUUCUUUGAUAUGCAAAAUGAAUAUCAUGUUUAUUUUUAUUUUUGUUGGUUUUGUAUUUAAAUGGGGUGUUGAUUACGAUCUUUGUUUUUUCUUUCACUUCCUGAAUAAAGACCCAUUCUGUUUGGACACAA